UUACAGGAAUUCAUACAAGAAGAACAUCUGCAUAGACAUGCUGCGACAGGGUUAUCACAAGUCCUUCUCUGAGCUCCUCACUCUGAUACAGAAGUGGAAUGCCUUCAGGGAGGCUGCAGGGCCUGGGUCAGCCAUAUGGCAUGAGAAGUCCCUGGAGGAGCAGCCUGAUAAGCUGGAUCAGCUUUACCACUUCCUGACCAGGGCUGAGGCAGCCCAGCGAGCAGGGCACUAUGAAGAGGUCUAUGAUAGCCAGCUUAGGUUGGCCUGCUUUUUCAAUGAACCUGAAGACAAAUGGUUAAGUACCUACUUUUAUGAGCAAAGCUUUAACACAGCUCAAUUAGUAAAAAUUGAUGGUGGGAAGAGAAAGGCACAAGCAUAUGUAAACAUGGGCCUCAUCAAUGAGGAACAAGGUCUUGUCACACAAGCUGCUAAGCAUUAUGAAACAUUUUAUCAGCUGACAGAGGGCACACCAUGGAAGGAUGAGACAGGCCAAACUUACAAUUCACUAGCAUGUCAGCAUCUCUGGAGAAUUUACACAUUAAUAGCAGACAAAAUGCUAGAAAAUAAAGAACACCAAGAGGCCAUCAAAAUGCUAAAAAAAGCCUUAAAGAUGGCAAAAGAAGGAGGUGAUACAAAGAUGCAAGGAGAAGCCGCCUAUUGCUUAAGUUUAGCGUACCAUUAUUCUGGAGAAGAUGASACAGCAUUAACAAUUUUAAACACCUCUGUACAAAUCUUCACAACCCUUUGUGAUUCYGCUGGCCUGGGCAGAGCAUAUGCAGCUGUAGCCAAGAUCCUGGCAAGUCAGGGAAAAUCAAAUGAAGCUGUGAAGUACUUGGGAGAGUUUAUGAAGGAUGCUGAGAGCGCUCAUCUACGCCAAAGUCUGGUGGAUGCAAAUCUCUUGCUUGGAAAAGUUCACAAUGAAAGAGGGAACUAUAAUGAAGCUUUAGAAUGUUUCAGUCAGGCUUCUCAGGCAGCGAAAACUUUAAACAAUUUGCCCUUAGUGGCUGAAACAGAGAGUUACUGUGGCAUCGCGAAGGCUCAUCAGCUGAUGGUGGCAUUUAACAGCCACGUAGCAGCAGCAGCAGAUCCCCUCAGCCUGCAGCACCUACUGGCAUGGAAGCAAAACAGAAGUGACAUGUGCACUGACCCUCUUACAGUCGAACAUGAUAAAGAAAAAGGUGCCUCAAAGCCCGUGUGAGCUUCUGUCCAAGACACCAGUUCUAGAUCUUCCUGAGGAUGCCUUCUUACUGACAGAGAAGMUGAUGUAUAAUGAGUACUGGAAAAUCCUCAAAGAGAUGUGCAACAAAGUAGGAAUUUCAGCAAGGAUUUUGUCAUUAAAAUAGGAUUUUAUCAAAAAAUGCAUAUGGCAUUGAAAUAUUUUUUUUAGAAGAUGAAGAAUAGUAGAAUAGAAAGUUUGUGGUCUUGAUGCUUAAURUCUUCCAAAGUCUCCUGUUAAGAUAUUAAGCAUCAUUUAUGUCUGCUGAUUGGGAAUCCAAGAUGCUCAAUACCUUGUAAGAUCAGGUUCCAAAUGUGUCUGGAGAGUUUUCUGUAAAUCCCAGAUUAUGGUCCCUUUCAGGAAAACUUAUUCAUAGAGYUACCAAUUAUUUUAAUAUGUCUGUAAUGGUUGGGGUUCAACUGUAGCUAAAAUAGAAUAGAUCCAGCCUGGGUGGCACACUGUGGUGCAAUUUAGAUUCAAUCUCUAGCACAGGUUGGACUCAAAACACAGCUAGGUUUGUUUAAAAUCCCUCUGGGUGCAAUCCAGUGCCAUGUGGUGUGGGAUAACCCUGCCUGGAGGUGGGAUCAGAUGACCCAYUACGGACAUUUCCAACCUGACCCAUUCUGUGACCCUGCGUUUCACACCAUCAGGUAAAUGAAAAUUCUGCUUCAAUUCUUUCUGGUAAAUAAUCUGAAGCACUGAUUUUUGACUCUGUGUAGAAAAUUGUGUCCCAUUUUGGGCUGAUGAAAUUCCUGACAGUGGGUUUCCCACAUGAGCCACAGCAGUCUGACUCCCAUGGUCUUCACAGUCCUCUGAGGAAUCCAAGUCCUCAGAGCCRGUCACCAUCACUGUUGGCCUGAAGAAGAGUUAAAGGACAGAAGAUGGCAGUUAUCACUUUACAAAAUACAAAUAAAAACAGGAUUUGGAACCUUUGAAUUUUAUUUAGGAAAAGUGGUGAUGCAUAAUUUCACAUAUUAGAAAACCGCUUCUUUUAAAGUAAACAAAGAAAGCUUUAUCACUCCCAACAGCCAGCCAUUCCUUUCUUUAAAUGGAGAUUUCYAGAUUCAGAGUUUGUAGCAAAGUCCAUUAGACCUAUAAUCAGGUUUUAUGAUGGUGUUUGAGCAAGCAUUAGCUUUGCCACAGUAAUAACUCAAUUCACAGUUUUCUUCAGGAUUGUAAUCUGAGUAUUUGGUUGACAUGUGACAAUAGGGUUUCUCCCKCUUAAAGAAUGGUAAAAAUGUAUCAUUAACCAGCUCUUAUUAGACUAUUUUUGAUCAAAAUUGCUGUACACAUGCAAUUUAAAUACAAAUAGAUCAAUAAUUUUAUUCUUUUGUUUAUAGGUCUUUAUUGUCUGAACACCAUGCUUCUUAUAACAAUGUUAAUUUAGAAGGCUUUUGCAAGGCUGAAAAGUUGUAUAGAAAUAUUCCCAUGUGCAAUUAUGCACAAACAYAGGCAACAAAUCUCUUUGCUGAGUGCUAAAAAAGGAAAACAUUUUAUGGAAACCAGAAAGAGAAACAGGACUACAAAUUAAAUAUAAACAAAAUCUGUGUUGUUUACCCUUUAUAUUUAAUACAAAUACAAAAAUACCUUACAUUUUAAUGGUAUUGAUAUGAAACCAGAAAAACAUCAUAAAACCAGCACAAUUUUGCAAAUAAUACCUUAAAAUCCUAUUAAUCUACAAGCUCUUCUAAUCUUUGUAAAUAUAGCAUGACUGCUGA